UGUGGAUGACGGGUGGGCCCUUCUGCUCUGGCAUGAUUUUCUUCGAAGUUGGUCCUAUGAAAUUUGUGUUGGCACCGUAUAAUGGUAGUUUGCCACAGUUGACCUAUAAUCCCUAUUCAUGGUCCAAGACAGCAAGCAUCAUCUUGUUGGACUCACCAGUUGGUACUGGUUUCUCGUACGCUCGUGAUGUCAAAGGUUAUCACGAUAUUGGGGAUUUUUCCUUUUCUAUGCAUGUCGUAAUAUUUCUCAACAAGUGGUUUACCGACCACCCACACUACCAAUCCAAUCCUUUCUUUGUUGGAGGAAGUUCAUAUGCUGGAAAGAUGUCUCCAAUUAUUGCACAACACAUUUCGCAAGAAAUCGAACUGGGGAAGCAACCCAGGAUUAAUCUCAAGGGCUAUGUAGUCGGCAACCCUGUUACAGGCUCAGAUUAUGAUGACAAUUUCAGAGUACCAUAUGCUCAUGGUGUUGGGAUUAUAUCCGAUCAACUAUAUGAGGCUGCAAUUUUGAAUUGUAAAGGAAGCUAUAUAAGACCGACAAACAAAAUGUGUGUCAGGGUGCUAAACACAUUUCAAAAUCUCGUGUCUGAAAUUGAUGUGCCACAAAUCCUGGGUGUCAAUUGUAUAAGGGGUAUGUUAACACAUAAAUUUCUAUCAGAAGAAUACACUCAACUAAGUGAUCCGUCUCCCGAGCAACCUACCAUAGAUUGUUUUUCAUACCGUUACUACCUAUGUAAUAUUUGGGCGAACGAUGAUUCCACGAGAGAAGCUCUUGGGUGAAGCGGAUCACAAUGCUACUUUAGCUGGCCUUUCGACACAAUGCAGUUUGCAAGAUUGACUAAAUGAUCCAAGAAUUGAGUAACAUAGUCGUUUCACAUGGUUGCAAUUCAGACCCAUAGAAGUAAAUGAUGUUACGUGACAUAUUGGAGUUUCUAGUUGUAUUAAGAGUAGACGAUGGAGCACCACCCUAACCUUUGUGUAACAUGGUCCAACCA